AUGGGCUCGAGACUGGAGAAGAAGUCGGCCAGCGUCAGGAAGAGCAUCGAAAACCACCAGUUCACCGGCGAUGAGACGCGCGAGGAGUAUGAGCCGUCCAAGUUUGGCGGCUUCUCGGACUACUUCCGCCGCAAGAAGAUCAAGUUGCAGAACUUGGAUGCUGAGCUGCGCUCUCAGAGCGCCGACAAGCCCCAGAUCUUCCGUGGCUUAGUCUGCCAUGUGAAUGGCUACACCCAGCCCAGUCUCAAUGAUCUGCAUACCAUGGUCGUGCAGCACGGCGGCGGCUUUGUUCAGUAUCUGGAUGGCAAGACCAUGGUUACCCACAUCAUUGCUAGUAAUCUGACGCCCAAGAAGAAGGAAGAGUUUCGAAGGUACAGAAUCGUCAAACCUGCCUGGAUCGUGGACUCCAUCAAGGCUGGAAGAUUGCUGCCAUGGGAUGCUUAUCGUGUGGUGGACGAAGGUGUCGGUCAAAAGGUCAUCGGAUUUGACAAUGGCCAGGUCGUCAGCCAGGCCAGCAAGAAGCAGGCAGGCUAUCGAGAGCAGACUGAUGCCAGCUGGUAUACAUCUCAAUUUCGCUCGCAGCAGCCCUCUUCGUCACAGCUUCCUCCCAGGAAGCCUCCAAAGCUUACGCAGACCGUGACCCCAGACAUCGAGGACAUCGAAGACGACGAAUAUGAUCUGCCGAGCUCCGUGGAGAAUGCAUUGUACGAAGCUGGCGAGUUGCCCGUCGAGGGGACCACGCUUCAACGGCCUGAGGUUGCUGCACCUCAGACUCCGCCACCGAGCAGUCCUCCUGCUCCAGUCAAGGACCAACCGGUCGAACCCGUCGAAACAAGUGACAGUGCUGCCAUAGCCACCGAUCCAGAUUUGCCUCUGCCCGAUCAAGUUCGAGACGACAUUCCCCAGGAAUCUGUACAGUCAGCUCAAAAGCCGUCAGUCCUUCGUGCUAGAGAAGCUUCACAGGAACCAGAUGUCUCUCAUGCAGUCGUAGCGCAGUCUGAUGUCUGGAAGACGGUGUCUCCCUCGAAGCUGGCACAAAUGACAGCCGAGGAGCAUAACGCACUCAUCCUGUCAGACCCGAAAAUUCGCAAGUCAACGGUAGUGCAUCCUGACUUUCUUGAGCAAUAUUAUCGCGAAUCUCGUCUGCAUCAUUUAUCAACAUGGAAAGCAGAUCUCAAGUCACAGCUACAGGCCUUGGCGGCAGAGAGGACUUCCACACAGAAAGCUGGGCAGAAGAAGUUGCCAGGCCAAAGAAGAUAUGUCAUGCACGUAGAUUUUGACAGCUUCUUCGCUGCGGUAUCGCUCAAGAAAUUUCCACAGUACAAGGACAAGCCGGCAGUGGUCGCUCACGGAGGCGGAUCAGGAUCAGAAAUUGCCAGCUGCAACUACCCUGCUCGCAAAUUUGGUGUCAGUAAUGGCAUGUGGAUGCGUCGAGCGCAGGAGCUUUGUCCCGAGCUGAAGGUGUUGCCAUACGACUUCCCUGGCUACGAAGAGGCCAGUCGGCAAUUCUACGACGUGAUUAUGGCCACAGGCGGUAUUGUGCAAAGUGUGAGCAUCGACGAGGCAUUGGUAGAUAUCAGCGCCAUCUGCAUUGCUGAAAGUGGCUCGAACGGCGUUCAGCGAGAUGAAGGUGCUGUUUAUCGCGAGCAGAAGAAGGCGGAUGCGGUCGCCCAGGACAUGCGAGAGGAAGUCCUUGCCAAGACAGGAUGUAAUGUAUCUGUCGGUAUCGGUGGCAAUAUCUUACAGGCCAAGUGUGCGCUUCGAAAAGCAAAACCAGCUGGUCAAUAUCAGCUCCGACCCGAGGAAGUGCUUGACUUCAUGGGUGCUCUUGAGGUCACCAAAUUGCCAGGAGUAGCAUACAGUAUCGGUGGCAAGCUUGAAGAGAUUGGCAUCAAGCUUGUCAAGGACAUUCGCGAUACGUCAAAAGAGCGGCUGGUCAACACGCUCGGACCAAAGACGGGCGAGAAGCUGUGGGAGUACGCACGCGGGAUCGACAAGACUGAAGUUGGCGAUCAAGUCAUCCGAAAGUCUGUCUCUGCCGAAGUCAACUGGGGCGUGCGAUUCGAAAGUCAGGAGCAAGUGGACGAGUUUAUGCACGGUCUGUCCGGCGAGCUGAGCAAGCGUCUGUUGAAGGAACGGGUCAAAGGGAAGCAGUUGACCAUGAAGGCCAUGAAGCGUGCAGCAGAUGCGCCCCUUGAUCCUCCCAAGCAUCUAGGUCACGGCAAGUGUGAUGUCUUCAACAAGAGCAUGCAGCUUGGAAUCGCCACCAAUGAUCACGCAGUCCUAACAAAAGAAACCACCGCAAUGAUGAAGUCCUUUUGCAUCUCGCCAGGCGAGCUGCGCGGCAUUGGCAUCCAAAUGCAAAAGCUCGAACCCAUAAAAGCAGGGCCUGGAGGCGGCGAUGAGAGCAGUCAAAGGCGGCUGCAGUUCAACGCCGGUCCUUCCAAACCCAAGGCUCUCGUCGAGCGCGCCAUGUCUACCGAGGACCCGAUCCGAGAUGAUCCAACCACACCUCAAAAGCCAGCAAUCGCAGAAGCCAACAAACCGACUGCAGCAUUCAGACCUGUCGAGCAGCCCGGCACACCGUCGAAGAAGCCGCUGAAUACCCUUGGCACACAGUUUGUGCUGCCAACCCAAGUAGACCCAAGUGUACUGGCAGAGCUGCCGGAAGACAUCAGAGCAAAGCUGGCUAGGCAAGCAAAGCCGUCAGCUGCUAUCCAAUCCAUGGACGAGGAGUCCAGGCCCGAAGAGCCAACGCUGCCUCCAAACGUAGCUGAACAUCGCGAGUCAAACCAUUCGUCCCGAGCCCAGUCACCGGCCGUAGCUCUGCCACCACAAUCUCAGAUCGAUCCCAGUAUACUCGAAGCUCUGCCAGAAGAUGUUCGCAAUGAAGUGCUUGGCUUCUAUAAGCAACCACAAGCCGUGUCGAAACGAGUUGAGCAACCUCUUCUACCACAAUCACCGCGGACCAAACGCAUCCUGCCACCCCCUCCUCCCGUCAAACGUGGUCGUGGAAGACCCAGAGGUGGCGGGAUAUCAAGAAAGCUUCGUAACCUGCAGCACAGCGAUAACACAUUAACGCAGUCAAACUUCAUUUUCAAACCUGCUGGUGCUGCUGCUGGCGGCGUAGACGAAGAACUCGACCCCGAAGUCCUGGCCGCCCUACCAGAAGAACUGCGUGCUGAAGUCUUGGCACAACAGCGACAAGCUCGUCUCCAGCGCACCGGAGGCAUCGACAUGUCCAUGCACCGCCGAAAGAAACUUAAACAAAAAGACACCACUCCUUUCAGAAGAGUCUUCACCCUCCCCCCCAAACCAGACAAACCCAUCUUCACCAGCCGAAAGCUGAGCACAUUACCCGAACUCCGAAACGCAGUCUCUGCUUGGAUUCGAGAAUUCAAUGAUGAGGGACCUUAUGAUGAUGACGUGGAUGCUCUGAUCAAGUAUUUGAAAGCUGUGGUUAUUGAUGAGAAAAAUUUGGAUAAGGCUGUUUCGGUGGUGAAGUGGUUGGGUUGGGUGAUUGACGAGGCGGAGGAUUUUUCGCAGGAUGUCAUUGAUGCUUGGAGAGAGGCGUUGGGGAAGACGGAGAUGGGAGUUCAGGAUGCUGCGAGGGAGCGCGGGGUUGGGAGGUUGGUGUUUUGAUGUAAGGUUUGUGUUAUGAUGAGAUACCCUGAUCUAUUAUUGAUGUUUUCCAAUUCCGGAUCCAGGCGGUCGAUCUCAUAGGGUGAAUGGGGAUGUGAGAUCUGAAGUCUGACCGUCUGACAGGUAUGCGGAUGUCAAGGCAUGAUUCUAUGAGCCGGUUGUCUCACUUGACUCAGAGGAAGCUGAGCUGUUGGGUCUCCCUCCGACUCCAGCUGAGGGUUGAUAUGAUGGAAAGAGAGAGAGAGUGUGUGUGCUUUCCAAGCAAAGCAGUGGUUGGCUCACGGCGUAAAGAGUAAUACAAAUACUUCUGUUUC